AACUGAAGCAGUGCUACUCUGUCCCUUGGGGCCACUAGAGUUCCCGCUUCACAGUAAACCAGAAACUUCCAGUAUUUUCUUUAGGAAGAAGUGAAAAUGAAUAUUCCUGUACUGCUACAGCAUUCUCCCCAGCAGCUCCCCAAAGGCCUUUUAAGAACACCGCUCCGACGGUACCACUGCAUCUGCCCCUCCCGUCCUCCUCUCACCUCCGAAAUCUCCCGUCUUCAGCCGUUUCGUUCUCUUGGAUUCCACUGUACCAAGAGGGGGCUGCUGUCAAAUGGUGCAGAGAGAAGAUUAUGUACACAAGCAACCUUCAAGGAGCACGCGGAAGGGCUCUCUGAGAAAGAAAGAACAUUUGUGGAUAAACUUCAUACUGGUUUAAUCCUUGGACAAAGGGCUUGCUUAGCAGAGGCCAUAACUCUUGUAGAGUCAACUCACAGCAGGAAAAAGGAGUUGGCCCAGGUGCUUCUUCAGAAAGUAUUAGCCUACCACAGAGAACAAGAGCAAUUAAAUAAAGGAAAGCCACUGGCAUUUCGAGUGGGAUUGUCUGGGCCACCGGGUGCUGGAAAAUCGACAUUUAUAGAAUAUUUUGGGAAAAUGCUUACUGAGAGAGGGCACAAAGUGUCUGUGCUUGCUGUGGACCCUUCUUCUUGCACUAGUGGCGGCUCACUCUUAGGCGAUAAAACCCGAAUGACUGAGUUAUCCAGAGAUAUGAAUGCGUACAUCAGGCCAUCCCCUACUCGAGGGACCUUAGGAGGCGUGACACGGACCACAAAUGAAGCUAUUCUGUUAUGUGAAGGAGGAGGGUAUGACGUCAUUCUCAUUGAAACUGUAGGUGUGGGUCAGUCAGAAUUUGCUGUGGCUGACAUGGUCGACAUGUUUGUUUUACUACUGCCACCAGCAGGAGGAGAUGAACUGCAGGGCAUCAAAAGGGGCAUCAUUGAGAUGGCGGAUCUGGUUGCUGUAACGAAGUCCGAUGGGGACUUGGUGGUUCCAGCUCGAAGGAUCCAAGCAGAGUAUGUGAGUGCCCUGAAGUUGCUCCGCAAGCGUUCAGAAGUCUGGAGACCAAAGGUAAUUCGUAUUUCUUCCAGAAGUGGAGAGGGGAUCACGGAGAUGUGGGAUAAAAUGCAAGAGUUCCGGGACCUGAUGCUCACCAGUGGGGAGCUGGCCACCAAGCGACAGAAGCAACAGAAGGUCUGGAUGUGGCAUCUCAUCCAGGAAAAUGUGCUAGAACACUUCAGGACACACCCCACUGUGCGCGAACAGAUUCCUCUUCUGGAAAGAAGGGUUCUCAGUGGGGCUCUGUCUCCGGGGCUAGCAGCAGACUUGUUGUUGAAAGCUUUCAAAGACAGAGACUAACAGAAUUUGCUCUGUACAAUGCAUUGAUGUAUGUUUCAUAGUAUUAAAAAUCAUGUAUCAUGCUUA